AUGGGGUCAAAUGACCUCGAGGUCUCACGCCAAUUAUCGGCAGCUCGAAUGGGACACAUAAAGGUUAAAGGGCUUGAUCGACUUAUCUUUGAAGAUAUCAAUGUCAGGGGUUCUCGUGCCUUGAAACAAUCAACGAUCGAUCGUCUUCUUCAUCGAUUUGACCUCGAGGGAUGUCGACGAUAUGACCCACUGACCUGGAUCCCAUGUGAGAUGUUAUACCUUGAAUUGCAAAAGCUAGGGCAGCACAGGAGACUUGGGGAAGAUAUUGUGGAUGUCCAAAUCCCUGAGACACAAAUGCUAAAAUGCCUUCAAGGGCAACAUCGUAUUGCUGCGGCAUUGCAGUGGCUGGCCCCAAAUGACCGCUGGUGGAACUUCAUCGUCUACGAUACUGCAAAGCUGAACGAAGACUGCCGCAGACGACUAAGAGAGCUUGAUCAAGGAUCACAGCAUUUCAGUGAUGGGGAGAUAUUACAGAAUGUUCGUUACCACCAGAAGCGCGGGGAGACAGAACCUGCCCGUGAGUGGCUUGCAAAAUGGUCACCUACAAAGUGCCGAGAAUUUAAACGAAUUUUCGGAUCCAAGGAGAGUAAAGAUUCAUUGAUACAUGUUGCGAACUCUUUGGACUGUCUGUUAGAGUUCCCGGCAUUGUGGGGCUCAUGGCAUAUGGGGACUCAUCUUCCCAGCCUGCGAUGUCCCGAUGAACUCUCUCACUACAUUAAAGCAAUCUACCAUGCCUGGAAUUCCUUCACAUCAGAGAAAAGUAUAAUCUUAGACUCGCCAACACUUUCUCUUCUGGAGGGACGAUGUCCCCGCUUGUCGAAAGCGGAUCGCCGCUACAUUGAACAAUUAUUCGAAGAAGGAAGGGUAUUCUCACAUGUCGAGGAGCCAGCUAUGAGGUUAAAGCUUCGAGCUUCUGUCUUGGGAUAUCCUAAGAUAAUCCCAUCAUUAAAAACAUUUUUCGAGAAUACUAAGUAUCUCAAAGUAAUGACAGAUGUCAUGAAGAAGUUACUUCCUCCAAAUUUCAAGGGAACGAUUCGAGAUGAGAUGGAAAAACAUUACGAAUGUCCCGAAGGGCUACAGUUCAAAGUGCAGACUUCAGAAAACGACUUUCAGCUACACAACAAACCCCAAGGAUACGGAUUUUGGUCUGCUUAUACACAACUAUUUCUUUUCUCGAUGAGGCACUUUUAUGGUCUCACUGACACUCGACCCCUUGGGCGAAGCACACCACUUGAGAAGCCAACAUUCGAUCGCUCCGAGCUCUGGAAGAGAUUCAAAAAUUGUGCGAAGGAGAUCGGUUUCACAAUUCCAGGGCUCAAUAAAAGCCGCCCAGCAGGCUCUCUUGAAUCAAUUGCAAUCCACGACUUGCUGGCUAGGCUUCGCCCACCUGAGCUAUUCACAUAUGAUAGCUCUACUUUGAGCGAAUGGAGUACACGGAUUGCGGCUAUGCUUGUGGAGAUGACUCCACGGAAGGUUAUAAACCAAGCACCGAUCCAUAGUUGGGACAGUCGAGAAACAUGGAGUUUGGAUCAGCGCUGUGGCAUGCCAGAAGUUAGCACAUUCUUCUCCGAUCAAAGAUAUCUAUUUAUGGGUAAUAUUUAUGUCGAUGAUCAGGAUGCACGUGAGAACAUGACGUCUUUUGCGGUGAAGAGAGACAUCUUUACAACCUUUAUGCCAGAUUUUAGUGAUGGGGAUUUCAAUAUGGAGGAGAUAAUAGAUCGCGGUGACUCUUCAGUCGAUCCAGUGAUGGAUCAUAAUCCAUCAAUGCUUCCUGGCGGUCCACCAGUGCGGCUAAAUCAGCAACAUUCUCUUCCGUCAAUCCUACCACCGGAAGACCCAAUUACCAAUCUCGGGGAUUCAAGGAUGUCUCUCAUACCAUAUGACAUAGCUCCUAUAUCCCAGGAAAUACAAUCGAUCACCCCCUCUGGCGCCAAUGAAUCUUCAGACAGCAGAUUUUACAUCAUGACACAAAACAUCAACGUGUGUACAUGUCAAACCGAUAUGUCUCCUGACGUAUUCUACUCUUCUUUUAAACCAUUAUUCGAUACGAAUACACCUCCAUUUGUUGUAUUCUUCAACUAUUCGACAUCUGUGGCUGAUUUCAUCCGGCGAUAUAAUGUCGAUAUUUUUGCACAAACUUUAGGUGGUUCGAUAUGGUUCGCCGGAGUUAACGAUGCUGACCUUUCACUUCAAACAAUUAUAGCGGAGGAAGUUCAUAGAAUUUGUACCGACGGGGUCUCUUGCAUUAUAUUUCAUGGAGAUGGAGGGUUUCAAUCAAAGCUUGUGAAUCACCCAGCACAAGAUAUCAAAGUGCCAACCUUCAAUUUUGCCACAAACCAAUGGUUUCUCGCAGGCUAA